UAGCAUGUGACGUAACCACGAGACUAACGGGCGCAUAUUUUCAAAAUGGCAGAAAUGACAAAGUUUUGGAGGGGAACUCAAGAACAACAUUUAUUCGCGUUCUAACAACACACGGGCUGAUUUAUCGAUGCACUUAAUCGAUCAAGGACUAGUUUUGCAGACCUGCAUAAAUGCGCAAGUGGAAAACCGGGCACGAUGAGUGUUUCGAUCGGUGAUAAAAUCGAGGAUUUCAAGGUUCUCACCCUCCUUGGCAAAGGAUCCUUUGCAUGUGUUUACCGGGCAAAAUCAGUGAAAACUGGCCUGGAAGUUGCCAUCAAAACGAUUGACAAAAAAGCAAUGCACAAAGCUGGGAUGGUCCAGCGUGUGACAAACGAGGUGGAGAUUCAUUGCAGAUUGAAGCAUCCGUCAAUACUUGAGCUUUACAACUACUUUGAGGACAGCAACUAUGUGUACUUGGUGUUGGAAAUGUGCCACAAUGGAGAGAUGAGUCGAUACCUUAAAGAGAGGAAGAUGCCCUUUGGUGAAGAUGAAGCGAGACAUUUCAUGCAUCAAAUCGUAAAGGGAAUGUUAUAUUUACAUACUCACGGCAUCUUACACCGAGAUCUGACCUUGUCGAACCUUUUGUUGACAAGCAACAUGAACAUUAAAAUAGGAGACUUUGGCCUGGCCACUCAGCUCAAACUCCCGAAUGAAAAGCACUUCACAAUGUGUGGGACUCCUAACUACAUCUCCCCAGAGGUGGCCACACGCAGUGCUCACGGCCUGGAAUCAGAUGUUUGGUCGCUGGGUUGCAUGUUCUACGCCUUCCUAAUGGGCCGACCUCCAUUUGACACAGAUACAGUCAAGCACACAUUGUCCAAAGUGGUCCUGGGUGAAUAUGAGAUGCCUACUCACAUUUCUUUAGAGGCUCAGGACCUGAUCCAUCACCUGCUGCAGAAGGAUCCUGCCCAGCGUCCCAGCCUCUCUGCUGUGCUGGAUCAUCCGUUCAUGACGCGGAGCCUGCUGGUCAGGACUAAAGACCUGGGGCUUGGAGAGGAAGGCUCUAUGGACAGCGGCAUCGCUACCAUUUCCACAGCAUGCACCACUUCCAUGUCAGGCAGCAGCAACCGCCUCCAAAGGAAAGCCAGGCAUAUGAUUGGCUCCACCCUGCCGAACCGCAUGGCCCCUAUUCCGAGUCUGUCUCGUCAAGCCAGCAGUGCUUGUUUUGAAGAGCAAGACCAGUGGCGGCAACAGCAGCCGGACGGAUUUCACCGAGAGGGCCGGGGCAGGAUAGUCCAUGUUGGAGAGAGUGUACAGCCUCAUUCUCGCUAUCUGCGGAGGGCUCACUCUUCAGAUCGGUCUGGCUCUUCAGCGUCGGGUCAGAGGUUACUUCGUGGUGAGCUCGGAAGGUGCCACUCUGAGGAGACCUUGACUGCUGUCUUCCCCAUGUCUUCCACCCAACACCCACUUCCGGAGCAUGGAAGGCUCCCAUCUCCUCCUGUUAAACAGUCAGCAAAUUCUGGAUAUUCAUUACCUGCACAGACAGUGCAUCCUCCAAAAUUUCAGGACCUAGAGGGAGUCACCAACUGGCUCAAUAAUGAGGGUUCUGGGCAGAAGCCCACAGACAACAGCUCACACAGCAACAGCAGUAGUUUCCACAGCAGCAGGGGACCUUUAAGUGUUCACAACUCUUGGAGUGACAAGCCCAUGGGCCGAGGUGGGAACCCUCAACGCAACCAGCACCACCUGCACCAGCAGCUGUCCUCCGACUCUGACCCGUACAGGGAGAACAUACCAGGAGCAGAGUUCCAGCCGCCCCAAAGCAGGGAGUCAAAGCUCCAGUCAGCCAAGCCUGGUGGGGAGAAAGAGAAGAAAACGCUGAGAGACAUAGUCCCUCCUCUGUGCGCUUUGAGACUGAAGCCUAUUAGACAGAAGACCAAAAACGCUGUCGUGAGCAUUCUGGACACAGGUGAUGUGUGUAUGGAGUUGUUAAAAUGCCAGGGUGGUCAAGAGAGGGUCAAAGAAGUGCUUCGGAUUUCCUGUGAUGGAUCGAUGGUGACAAUAUACCAACCUAACGGUGGUAAGGGCUUUCCUGUAUUGGACUGUCCUCCUGCUCCUCCUGAAGAUAUUCUAAUUUGUAGCUAUGACGACCUUCCAGAAAAAUACUGGAAGAAAUACCAGUAUGCCUCCAAGUUUGUGCAGCUUGUGAAAUCCAAGACUCCUAAAGUGACACUUUACACCAAGCAUGCAAAGGUCAUGCUGAUGGAAAACUCUCCCCACGCAGACCUGGAGGUUUGCUUUUAUGACGGAGCAAAGACGCACAAAACGUCAGAACUGGUACGGGUGGUGGAAAAGAGUGGAAAGUCCUACACAGUGAAGGGUGAGGUGGGACUUAGCGGCCUGAGCCCAGAGAGCCGGCUCUAUGUGGAGCUGUCUGACGAGGGCCACAGCAUGUGUCUGGCGUUAGAGGCUGCCAUCACCUCAGAGGAGCAGCGCAGCACCAAGAGCGUUCCGUUCUUUCCCAUCACUAUUGGCAGGAGACCUGCCAACCCAGACUCGCCGUGUCCGUCAGCCUUGCCCUCCCACCCGGUGCCUCCUGAUGCAGCUUCGCCUCCACACCCUCCACAGAUCGCUCCUUCGAUGAUUUCCUACGAUGGGUCUGAUUUCACCACAGCCAGCCUGAGUAAGAAAAGCUCCCCAGUGCGACAGGACUUGGCACAAAGCACAGGAAAAGUGGUCAAAUCAAUAUUUGUGCCAAAUGUUGGAUGGGCGUCCCAGCUGACGAGUGGAGAAGUUUGGGUGCAGUUCAAUGACGGGUCUCAGCUGGUGGUUCAGGCUGGAGUUUCCUGUAUCACAUACACAUCUCCAGAGGGGAAAAUCACCAGGUAUAAGGAGAACGAGAAGUUGCCAGAUCACGUCAAGGAGAAGCUUCACUGUCUCUCCACUAUCCUUGGACUGUUGGCGAACCCAACAACUCAUCACCUACAACCUCAUUAACAGCAAAAGACGCAGACCCAGAGGUCUGGCUGGGAACUACGAGUAGCAUUAGAGCCUUUGUACUGUCCUUCGUCUGGUGUUCUUGUAAAUAUGUUUGUUUUUUACAUGUACAGAAGACUAAGAUUAUGAGAAAAUAUAUUUUUUAUUUUAGUAAGCAGCUAUUUUGUAUCUACUUGAAAAGUUUGUCUUUUUUACCAUGGCCAACCCUAUGAAAUGUCCAAGUCAUAAAAGCUGAAUCAAUAAACAUCUGUAGGCUGGGUGUCAA